AUGGUUAUUCUGGAUAAUUAUUGGACAAGUAUUUCCUACAAUCAACCAAAAUUCUGUCCAAAUGCACCGUGGAAUUCGAAUGCUAGCACUUUUGAAAAUCAAACUUCAUUUAGUACAAGUUAUCCAGUGAUUUUUAUCGAUAGAAACAACAUGGUCUACAUGACUUGGUCACAAACUAAUCAGAUUAUCGUUUGGUCCGAAGGAAACAGCACACCAACAAGAAUUAUCUCUGGUAAUAUGUCAAGUCCAUCUGGCCUUUUUGUUACAACAGCAGGUGAUAUUUAUAUUAAUAGUGAUUACUCAUCUUAUUCUGAAGUGGAUAAAUGGACAUUAAAUUCGUCAGACAGUGUUCCGAUAAUAUAUGCAUGUCACAAUUGCCAUGGUAUUUUUAUUGAUAUCAAUAAUAUCAUGUAUUGCUCAAUGCUUGGCGGAAAUCAAGUUGUUACAAAAUCAUUAUAUACUAAUUCAAAUGCAUUGACAAUUGUAGCUGGUACCGGUACUGCUGGCUCUGGUCUAGAUAUGCUUAAUCAACCUCGUGGCUUUUUUGUUGAUACUAAUUUAGAUCUAUAUGUGGCAGAUUCUGGAAACAAUCGGAUUCAACUCUUCCAAUCCGGACAAUUAAAUGGAACAACUGUAGCUGGAUUAAGUUCGCCAAAUAUCACAAUAACACUCAACAACCCAACUGCAGUUGUUUUGGAUGCAGACAAAAAUAUGUAUAUUGUGGACGCUCAAUUGCAUCGUAUUGUUGUAUCUGGACCAGGUGGCUUCCGAACUUUACUUGGUAUUUACAAUUCACCUGGCUCGGCAGCGAAUCAAUUCAAUUUUCCCAUUAGCAUUAGUUUCGAUAGUUACGGAAAUAUAUUUGUUGUUGAUUAUAACAAUAAUAGAAUUCAAAAAUUUGACUUUAUAACGGAUUCAUGUAAUAGUUCCACCACAAUUACAAGUACAUCAAUAUCAACAAUGAGCAACGUAAAUAAUCCAUUAAAUACAACUCAAUUAAAUGUAUUAUCAACAAUAUCUUCAUUGACUACAGGUGUCUCAUAUAAUCAGCCAACAUUCCUUUCAUAUGCGACAUGGAGUGCUAAUGCCAUAACAUUUCAAACAAAUACGACACAGGGAAUGCUGCCUUUCGGUAUGUUUAUCGAUAUAAAUAAUACAAUAUAUGUAUCUGAUCGAAAAAAUGGUCAAAUUAAAAUAUGGUUCACUAAUGGUACUAACGUCACAAAAACGAUUUCUGGUAAUUUGUCAUCUUCAUCCGCUCUUUUCGUUACUGUUGAUGGAGGUAUUUAUGUUGAUAAUGGUCUUUAUAAGGGUCAAAUUGAUCAAUGGUCUCUACAAACAAAUACGAGUAUUCCUGCAAUGCAUGUUAAUAGCAGAUGUAUAGGUCUCUUUGUUGAUAUUAAUAAUAAUAUUUAUUGCUCAAUGGACAGUGAACAUCAAGUCGUGAGCAAAUCAUUGAAUUUUAGUUCAAAUGCAUUGACAAUUGUAGCUGGUACAGGCUGUCAAGGAUCUGUAUCAAAUAUGCUCGAUACCCCCUAUGGCAUUUUUGUUGAUACUAAUUUGGAUCUAUAUGUGGCAGAUUCUGGAAACAAUCGGAUUCAACUCUUUCAACCAGGCCAAUUAAAUGCAAUAACCGUUGCUGGACUAAGUUCGUCAAAUAUUACAAUAUCACUCAAUAAUCCAGUUUCAAUAAUUCUCGAUUUCAACAAAUAUCUUUUCAUUGUUGAUAAUAAUAAUAAUCGAAUUAUUGGCUCAGGACCGAAUGGUUUUCGAUGUUUAGUAGGAUGUACGAGUACAACAGGUUCAGCAUCCAAUCAAUUAAAUUUUCCGACUACCCUAAAUUUUGAUAGCUAUGGCAAUUUAUUUGUUGUUGAUCAAAAUAAUGCUCGAAUUCAAAAGUUCAUUCAAUUAAACAUCACCAGUGAACUUUCAUACAAUCAACCAAUGUUUUGCUCCAAUGCAUCAUGGGAUCCAAAUGCAAUUACUUUUAGUUAUAAUGUUAGCAUACCAUCCACGGGUAUGUUCAUCGAUACAAAUAAUACGAUUUAUAUUGCUGAUGGGAUCAACGGCGGUCGGGUCCAAAUUUGGUUAACUGGUAGUACUAAUCCAACAAAGAUAUUAUCGGGUAAUUUGUCAUCUACGAAUGCUCUUUUCGUUUCAAUUACUGGAGAUAUUUAUAUCGAUAAUGGUCUUCACAAUGGUCGAGUUGACAAAUGGAAAAUAAAUACAAACAUAAGUGUUCCUACAAUGUAUGUUGAUUCACAAUGCAUUAGCCUUUUUAUCGAUAUUAGCAAUACUCUCUAUUGUUCAUUAAAUUUACAUCAUUACAUUGCUAAACGAUGGUUGAAUGAUAAUUCAGAUACAUUUACAGUUAUUGCUGGAACAAAUACUUCAGGAUCGAAUUCAAAUAUGCUCAAUUCUCCACACGGAAUCUUUGUCGAUAACAAUUUGAAUUUAUAUGUGGCAGAUUUUGGAAAUAAUCGAAUUCAACUCUUUGCAUUAGGAAUAUCGACUGCAGUAACCAUCGCUGGGAAUGGUUCAUCAAGCCCUACAAUCACACUCAAUCAACCAACUUGUAUUGUACUUGACGGAGACAAUCAUUUCUUUAUAGUGGAUUCUGGCAAUCAUCGAAUAAUUGGUUCUGGACCAAAUGGUUUUCAAUGUCUCGUAGGAUGUCAAGGAAAUGGUUCAACACCCAAUCAAUUAUCGCAUCCAUCUAGUCUCAGUUUUGAUAGUUAUGGCAAUAUGUUUGUUAUUGAUCUUGAUAAUAAGCGAAUACAAAAAUUUCUUUUAUUGACAGGCUCAUGUGAUAAAAAAACAACUAUCGAUCUAAGUACAACACAAACUACAACAGAAGAAAUAACAAGUUCGGCCAUACAAACAAGUUCACAAAAUUCCAUUAACAAUUCGACAUGUUUUACUCCAAAAAUCACACUUAUUCCUGGUACAUCGACAUUAUUAUCACCAAUUCAAUUUCGACGAAGUGAAGAUUUCUACAUCGUUUCAAUUAUUGAAUUAAAUUGUCAAAAAUCAUUAUCAAUCAUUUCCCAAUGGACAAUCAAAACUUGUAAUUUAAAUUGUUCGCAACAAAUCGAAAUCGAUCCUGAAAUAAAAACAACAUUUACUGAAAUAUCUAUUUUAGCUCAAACUCUCCCAUAUGGUGUUUAUGAAUUAACAUUAACAGUUACAAUGCGUUAUUCACCAACUUUGAAAAGUUCAUCCUCUGUUUAUAUUCAAAUAAUUUCAUCAAAUAUUCUCCCAUAUUUGAUUCAAUCAAGAACAUCAAUGAUUACUCAUGGCCAUAAACAAAAUCUUUUAUUAGAUCCCGGAACAUAUUCUAUUAAUCCUGACAAUAAGAUUUUCAAUGCUUCUAAUUGGAAAUAUGAAUAUUAUUGUCGCAUAUAUGAUCUACAUGAAUUUCCCAAUCUAAAUGGUUCAUUAUUAACCAUUGACGAUCAAAGAAAUGAUUCGUUGAAUCCAUCAUGUUUGUCUAAUCGAACAGGAUUUACCUUUAAUAAUAUGAUAAAUUCAUCUUUAACAAUUCUUUCAAAUUCUUUACAAUCGAAUCGAACAUAUCAAUUUAUGAUUCACAUGAAAAAUCGUCAAAAUUCAUCUCUACAAGCAACUGGUUAUCUCUUAGUUCAAAUUGUCGAUCGUUCUUCUCAAACGAUUCUUAUUGACUGUGUGAUUUCAACAUUAUGUGCAUCGAAUUUAGAAUUUCAACUCAUUAAUCCAACUACACAAGUUGCUCUUUUCUCAAUUUGUAUUGGAAAUUGUACGACACUUGAAAAUAUCAUGUGGAAUAUUUAUUCAGGAAUAAGAAAUUCAUCAUCAAAUAUGAUUACGUGGACUUUAUUUAAUCAAACAACUAUGUAUGAAGAUAUUUGGUUUUUUGGAAGAAAUACAAGUAAUUUUACAUCAAUAAAUCAAUUAUUUCUGUCAAAUUCGCAAUUCAUUCUUUGGAAAUUUGAAGUUAUUUAUACAUUUGUUUCCGAAACAAGUAUAAGUUCAUUGAAUUUCGUUACCAAUCAAUCACCAUCCAAUGGUUCAUGUUCUAUUAAUCCACUUCAUGGUACAACAACAACUCUCUUUAAUAUUUCAUGUUCCGAUUGGUUUGAUGACAAUGGAAUCAAAGAUUAUUCAGUUUCAGUUUGGACAAAUGAUUUCUCACAACGUAUGGUUAUUGCUUAUUCAUCAAUUUCAUUAUUUCAAGUACGAUUUCCAGCUGGUGAUAAUCAAACAGGAUCUCUUCACUUAAUUCUUCAAAUUCGAGAUACAUUAGAUUGUAUUACUGAAGUGAAUAUGUCUUCAAUUAUUAUUGGACCAGAUUAUGUUGGUUUAACUAAUCUCAUCAAUGAUCAGAGUGAAAAUCAAAAUAUUGUUGGACAAUUGAUUACAUCACUUUCACAACAAUUUAAUCAAAUCAAUAUUGACAGUCUUGAUUCUAUUAUGUCAAAUGAAAUUCCAAUAACAUCUGUUUCUAUUACAUUAUUAGAAAGUCCAACUUCAUUAGGAUCACGAAUUUCUUCGAAUCGCUCAAUGUUCAAUGAAUACAAUAAACAAAGAAAUGUUUAUGCAAAUGUUCGAGAAUAUCUCAUCAAUUUUAUAACAAAAUUAGCAAUAACAACAAUACCAAAUAGUAUAAAACUCCAAGCAACAUCAUUAGCACAAAUCAGUCAAUCAACAAAUCAAUUAACACGAACAACUUUAUCAAUUAUCGCAAAUCAAUGUUAUCAGUUGACAAUAGUUUUAAAUUCACUAAGAACAAGAAUUCCAUUUGAAGAUGUUCAAAUAGCGACCAACUUUCUUAUGCAAUGUGCUACGAAUGUUUUGAGUGCUGUAAAUGGUCCAUUACAAGAACGAAUAGAUGUAUUGGAUUCAGAUUUUUUACGUUCUACGAUGCUGCCUGAUGAUUAUGACACAGAUUUAGAGUUGGAAUGGUCGAAUUUAAAAUUGUUCGCUGAUGGAAAUGAUUUUUCUUGGGAAACAAUACAAAAAAAUCGAAAUAUUUAUUAUCAAAAACAAUUAGCCAAUGAAAUUCUUAAUCGAACCACAGAUAUAAUCACACUAUUAACUUCUUCAUUAAAUAUUCAUUUAAAUCUUCAACAAAAUUUUCAAAUUUCAACACGUCAAGUAUUUAUGUCUUUAGAAACGAAAUUCUCUCAAUCUCUUUCCAAUCAACUUUUUAAACAACUUGAAAAUGCUCAAAUUCAAUUACCAGAAAAUUUCAAAAUGAAUCAAACCAACUAUUCAAAAGUAUUCAUUCGUUCAAUAAUGCAACCGUUGGCUCCAUUGGGUAAUUCGAAAAUUUCAUCGAAUACAAAUCUUUCAAGAACAAUCUCAUUUUCAAUUCUCGAUCAAAAUCAGAAUGAAAUUCCUAUUGAAACAAAUUCAGUUGAAAUGAUUAUUCCUCGAGAUUCAAAUCUCGUUUUUCCAUCGAUGAUUUUACAAAAUGUUACGUGGAUCAAUUCAUCAUUUCAUAAUCAAUUAUUUCAUCUACAAUAUCUAAAUAUCACGACUACUCUCCCUAAAUCAAUUCAUUUCGAAAUUCAAUCUUUAAAUGCAACUCUUGCGUAUUUAUUUAUUCAUAAAUUUGAUCAAAUACCACAGUUGAAUAGUUCCAUUAAUCUAAUCGAUGGAUGGAAAUUAUUUUGUGCUUCAAAUUUAACAAAUGAAAAUAUUUAUACAUAUUUUAUUGAUAAUCAACAAACAUUCGGUCAUCAAACGAUCAUUUUUGGAUUACGAGAAUUAAAUUCUACAGAAAUGAUUAACGUUUGUUCGAAUAUUUCGAUUUCCACUCCACCAAUUACAAAUGAACGAUUUUCUUUUACAUCAAAUUAUCAAUUACGAAUUUAUACAUCAGGUUGUUAUUAUCUUGAUGAAAAUCAACAAUGGAAAGCAGAUGGAUUAAUUGUGGGUCCAAAAACAAAUCAUAAUGAAACUCAAUGUUUUUCAAAUCAUUUAACAACAUUUACUGGCGAAUUUGAAAUUCUACCUGCACCUAUUAAUUGGAAUUAUGUCUUUGCUAAUGCUGAUUUUAUGAAAAACAAAACAAUUUAUUUGACAAUCAUUAUUGUAUUAAUUAUUUAUAUGAUUCUAUUGAUUUAUGCACGUUCUCAAGAUAAAAAAGAUGUUGAAAGAUUAGGAGUAACUCCAUUGCCUGAUAAUCAUAGUUCCGACAAGUAUUUCUAUCAAAUUAUUGUCUUCACUGGUCAAAGAAAGAAUUCCGGAACAAAAUCAAAGGUUCAAUUUGUUCUAUCGGGUGAUCAUGAUGAAUCAUUGAUUCGAACAUUUGCUGAUUCACAUCGACAAAUUUUCCAACGUGGUGGAAUCGACGCGUUUAUUAUGGCUGUACCAAAAUCACUAGGCUUAUUAAACUAUGUACGUAUUUGGCAUGAUAAUACUGGUCAAGGAUCGUCAUCCUCGUGGUUUUUAAAGUAUUUAAUCAUUUGUGACUUACAAACAAUGGAAAAAUUUCAUUUUAUUUGUCAACGAUGGUUUGCUGUUGAGAAAGAUGAUGGAAAAAUUGAACGUCUUUUACUUGUUGCUAAUGAAAAUGAAAAACAUGAAUUUAGUUAUCUGUUAUCCAAAGGUACUUAUCACAGUAUAUCCGAUGGACAUUUAUGGUUUUCCAUAUUUUCUCGUCCACCAUCAAAUGUUUUUACUCGUGUUCAACGAUGCACAUGUUGUUUUGUUUUGCUUUUUAUUUCAAUGCUUUUAAAUAUUAUGUAUUAUGAUUUAUCAAAUGAAGCAAAAAUCAACAUCAAUUCCACAAAUACAAUGACUUUAUCAUUUGGCUUUUUAUAUAUUACUCCUCAACAAAUUAUGAUUGGUAUCGUUAUUGAAGCUUUUUCUUUGAUUCCAGGUGUUUUACUUAUUCAAAUUUUUCGACGACUUCGUGCUCGUGGAAAAUAUAUUUCACCAUUACAACAAACGUUGUCGAAAAUGAAGCCAUUUUUAAAUGAAUUAAUCGAUAAUCAAGAAAAGAAAAAGAAGAAUAGAUUUUCAUUAACUUUACCUUGGUGGUGGAUAUUUAUUGCCUAUGGAUUUUGUAUAAUCUCAGUUACUGUAUCAAUUCUUUUUAUUUUUGCACGUGGAAUUGAAUUUGGUGAUUCGAAAACUCAAAAAUGGUUAACAUCAAUUCUCAGUGGAUUUUUUUCUUCGAUUUUGUUGACACAACCACUAAAAAUCUUAUGUUUGGCCAUCGUUUUUGCUUGCUUUUAUCAAAAAUCAAAUGAAGACAAAGAAGCAAUUGAAUAUUUACAUGAUACUCUUGAUAAUGAUGACGAAUAUCUUCAUUCAAUGAACGAAAAAUCUUUAUUUACUUAUCGACCACGAAUUCGUGCAAAUCGUUUAAAUAUCCAUGAAGUUGCUUGUGCUCGUCGAGAACGAUUAAAAGAAAUUCGUAUGUGGUUAUUUAUUCAAGACGGAUUAAUUUAUUUAUGUUUUCUAAUACUUCUUUAUUUUCUCACAUAUUUAAAUCCUCAAACCAAUUCAUAUUUUCAAGUUAAUCAUCUUCGAAACUAUUUUCUCAAUUUUAGACAGACAAAUUGUGAUUACACAAAGAUUUCUACAAUUGAUGAAUAUUGGAAUUGGUUAGAAAAUAGUUUUGUUGACAAACUUCGUGCUCAACAAUGGUAUAAUGGCGAUCCCCCUCGAAAUUUAAGUGGAUUUAUCAAUGAUAAAUCUUCACGAUUGAUUGGUUGGGCAACAAUGCGACAGUUACGUAUUAAAUAUGAACUAUGUCAUAUUCAUAAUCUAGUUAGAUCUGAAUGUCAAUAUGAUUAUAAUUUUUUCAAUGAAGACAAACAAUCACUUGGACCCGGAUGGUCAAAUGAAACCAAACAAAAUUACAGUUCAUCUAUUCGUCAAUCAUUUCAAUAUAAGUCAAGUGAUGAAUUGGACACAUAUAUUUACAUUGGCGAUUAUGCAACUUAUAAUGGUGGUGGUUAUGUUUAUGAAUUUCGUGGUCGCUUAUGUGAUCUUCAAAGUAAUUUAAGUAAACUUCAUCAUUUAGGAUGGAUUGAUAGUCAAACACGAGCUAUUUUUAUACAAUUUACUUUAUAUAAUCCGAAUGUUCAAUUGUUUACAUCAAUGACUUUUCUUGCAGAGAUUUUACCAACAGGUGGUAUUUAUCCAACAGCUCGAUUUGAACCAAUGAGUUUUUAUGGUAAUUUUAUUGAUCAAAGAAUAGAAUUAAUUAUUGUAAUUAUUUAUAUGAUCAUAAUUAUUUAUUUUGUUUGGAACGAAUUUCAAUCUUGUAUAAAACUUCAAUGGAAAUAUUUUUGCCAGUUUUGGUCUUUAAUUGAAGUUGGAAUUAUUGGUUGUUCAUGGACAAGUCUUGGAAUUUAUGUAUGGCGUUUGAAAGAAUAUGAACGAAUCGGAAAAUUAUUUUCUAAAACAAAUGGAUAUGUUUAUAUUAAUUUACAAUUGAUUACUUAUAUCAAUAAUAUUUUUACAAUUUUGUUUGGUUUUUCUUGUUUUUUUGGUACUAUAAAAUUUAUUUGUUUAUGUCGUUUUAAUCAACGUCUUUGUUUAUUUAUCGAAACACUUCGAUAUGCUGGAAAAGAAUUAUUUUCUUUUGCAAUAAUAUUUUCAUUUAUAUUUAUGUCAUUUGUUUCUUUAUUUUAUUUAUUAUUCACUUCAAAAAUCUCUUCAUGUUCAACUUUAUUAAAUACUUGUCAAAUGUUACUCAAAAUGAUGUUAAUGCAAUUUAAUGCAUAUGAAUUAAUUACAGCGGCAGCAUUUUUGGGGCCAUUUUGUUUUAGUAUAUUUAUAAUUUUAGUAGUUUUUGUCUGUUUAAGUAUGUUUGUUUCGAUUAUUAAUGAUGGUUUUCGUCGUGCACGAGAAAAUAUUAACGAUGAUAAUGAAGAAUUGUUUUCAUUUAUGAUAAAAAGAUUUCAGCGAUGGAUGGGUUUCAGAAAACCUUCCAAAGAAGAGCUUCAAGAAGAAAAAGAUAUAAUUAUGCGUUCGAAAUAUAUUGAUUCAAUUGAAUGUUUUCCUGAUAAAAUUGAUCGAUUAUUAGAUGCGAUUAAUCGACUUUAUAUAUCACAAAGAGCAGAAAGAUCAAGAAUCAAUAGCAUUAUAGAUGGAUAA